GUGACUGUAAAACGUCACAUGCUCAGUGGUAACCGUGGAAACCUGUAAACAUACCGCUUAACACUCAACUUCAUUUGCUUUUCCUAUGGUGCAGUGAGAUAUUAAUAAAUAAGAUAUUUUUCAUUUGUAAUUAAAGUGUUUCAUUAUGAGCGGCGUAAGAACCUUCAGCGCUAAUGUUCGGGUUGGAAACUGGAGCGAAGAUAUUAGUCUUGAUGAGGACGUACUAAAAGACUUCUUAGCCAGAAAAGAAAGAGGGGAAUUGAUUGUGCAGAAAACAAGCUUCCUUAAACGGAAUAUUUUGAAAGAGACUAAUCUGUCAGUGACCGCAGAUGAAUUGGUCCACUUUGGAGACACGGUAAUGCUGGUAAACUCUGGGACCGAGAGGGAAAGCCUUACUGGCAUCGAUCCAUUCCGUCACCCUUCAUCCCUGAGUAUUAAUGCGGACACAACGAAUGUCGGGACCAAUUCCUCGCUUGUGGCCCCUUGUGGAAUGAGUGCGAGCACCAGCGUGACCCCCUGUGUUAGAAACUCUUUCAUAAUUGAAAGUGUUGAUGGAACUCCUGCGGGUGAACCUCUGAUAUAUGGCCAGAGCUUUGCUCUAAGGACCACACAGGGCUUUGCAGGGGAGUUAUAUUUGAAAAGCGAUCAUAAAACAUUCGAGAAGUGUGCCUUGAAAUCCCGCCUACAGGAAGUGAGUUUGACUGACCAGCCCUCAUUCCUAUCAUGCUGGCAAGCUGUUUACCAUGACCCUCAAUUACGUCUUGAAUAUGAAGGAUGCCCUGUUCCUGCAAACUCAAAAGUGCUUAUCAGUCAUUGCAAGACAAACCAAUGCUUGGCCGCUCUUGAAAACUACACUUUAUUGACACUGUAUGGAAAAGAAUAUGAAGUCACAGCACACACCUAUCUGGACUCUCAUAAGGCUGAGCGUGAUCUUAAUCACUGGCUUCUGGUAACCAGGAACCCGGGCAAAGACGCACCAACAAUGAUCGACAGACCUGAGCCACCAGUCGAAAAAACAAGGACACCAGCUGAAGGGGCUAUGCCACAAACUGUGGAGGAGAAACCACAAACUGUGGAGGAGAAGCCACAAACUAUGGAGGGGUAACCACAAACUGUGGAGGGGAAUGGUGGUUUAUAGAAAAACAAUAGCAAACAUGAAAUAUGGAAUGUAAAAAAAUAAUGGCAGAAGUGUUUUCUUAAAUGGCCUUAAACAUAUAAUAGUUACUUCAGUACAAAUAUUCAAGACUUCUGACAAAAACAGGAUAUAAAUAAAUCUUGUUGUAAAUAAAAUCAUGUCAUCAUAUUUGUGAAUUGAAUUACGGUUGUUAUUCUGUCUAUAAUAAUUCCACAAUAAAUGUUGCCUCAGUUCAGUAAAUCAGUAAAUGUAAUCUUUAAUUUCCACCAGCAGAGGGAGACGAAAACUUUAUAGAUAAUAAGGUUAAAUAAAGCACAGUGAAAGC